AUGUCGGGGCCAAUGGUGUUGUGUCAGCUAUGGAUGGGUGGUUUAGAGCCAUAUAUGACAGAGAGUUUCAUCAUGAAUGCGUUUCACAAGAUGGGUGAGCAGCCACAAACAGUAAAAGUCAUGCGAAAUCGGUACACUGGUGAGCCAGCAGGUUAUUGCUUCGUGCAUUUUCCAACUGAUGAAAUGGCACUCGACGCUAUGCACAAGUUAAAUGGCAAGGUGAUACCUGGCUCGAAUCCUCCGGUACGGUUUCGCUUAAAUCAUGCUAGCACUACAGGCAAGCCUGCUGCUGAGAGAGAAUUUAGUAUUUGGGUAGGUGAUCUGUCCACCGAUGUAGACGACUAUUCUUUGUACAGAGCAUUUGCCGCGAAAUACAACUCAAUCAGGACAGCUAAGGUCAUAUUGGACAGCUCUGGCUUUAGCAAGGGUUAUGGCUUUGUCAGAUUCGCGAACGAGGAAGAGCAGAAGAACAGCUUGAUCACUAUGAACGGCUACAGAGGACUUGGGACGAAAUCUCUGAAAAUUUGCAACGCGGUGCCUAGACCUUGGAAUAAAAUCUCUGGUUCAACGCCACCACAAUCAACCUCCGAUUACCCACCGUCUAACAUGAAUUCAGAGGCGUACAAUUAUUACGAUACGUCAUCAUAUUGGAAUAGUUACAGUGCUUGGCAGCAAGGCUAUUAUGAAAGUGAGCCGACGUCGGAUGCUUACAACAGUUACGUAUCUGAUCAGAAACCCGAGGAAGACGAAUUGGAAUUAAUCGAACAUUCCAUUCCGAUCGACACUGACAAGGCAAAUAGAGAAAUAAUCGAACAAGACUAUAAUUUGUGGGAUGCUCUGGAAAGUUCAAAAUGGAUUCCUUGUGACACUAUAGAACUGUGCUAUUAAUGAUUAAGAAUAAAAAUAUGAAGAUUCACAUCACCUUUGAUCAUACAAGUGCACAUUAUCACUUCUAAUACGUGAAUAUAGAAAAAUAUAUUUUAUAUGUGAUCUCUCUUCAAAACUACGUCUAGUUGCAGCAGUUUUUAUAGCACUUCUGAUACCGAGUGAUUAUCAUUUUCCAUAUCUACGUAUAAAAUAAAUUUUCGUUCCUCAAGAU